AUGGGUGCCUGCCAGUGCACACCACUGGCAUGCUCGUGCCAAGUGACAGAGGUCCUGCGUGGGAAGUGCUCCCUGGAAUCGCAUCCUAACCACCAGUUUGGAAGAGAAAGUCUUUCAAGACUCCUGGAAUGCUUGACAGAACUGUGCUUCCUGAGGUACAAUGUACUGAACCUGAAAAUGGUUUGAAGCCCCCUAGCUAAAGCAAGAGGGCGCACAUCACAGGAAAUCCUUAUUAAUGGUGGCAUACCCUAGAACUUCAGUUUUCAAAGCCAUAAAAAAAAAAAAAGGCAUGGGAUUAACUAUUAGAUCCCAGCUGAGGUCUUCACUGGGGUAGCUGUCACAGAUUGUGCACACUGGAGACCUCAGUGGGUCUGCAACUGUGUGUGUGCAAAAGAUAUCUACAGAGGAAAGUCCAGGAAACUCAUAACUGAAAUGGAAGGGGAUAUUUCAGCAAAUGAUGUUGUGUUAUCAAUUUCCUUUGAAGAAAGUGCAAAAACUUUUAUGAAGGAAACAAUAGCUUUUGGAAUGGAAAGCAAACCAAAGGGCCUGUGGGAAUGCUACUUAUACCCUGACUGUCAUAAUUACAGUUUCCAUUAUUAGAAUUACACUGGUUCCAGCCCAAAGAGUGAAGUUUUGAGGAACAAUGAAUUUUCCUGUCUCUGAGAUAGCUUUGCAGCCCUGUAUCUUUCCACUGACAUUUAGAAACACCUUGGAAAGAGUCAAAACAUUUUGUACUUCUCUCAGUUUAGGUUGAAUGAAUCCAUAGGGAUUUUCUCCAUGGCAUCCCAAGACUAUGCUUUGCCUGUAUUUGUGUAUACCUGACUAAGGUGUCAAGAGGAGCCUGUAUUAGUUCUCUCUUUUGGAAAUCUUUUUAACACUAUUUAAGAGAACGCCCUGGGAGCUACAGGCGUUAUUAUUUGGUGAGGUAUGAAUUUAACUUCUUUAGAGAACAACUGCAGAGAAGUGCAAAAAUUCAUUGAUUCUGAAUUUGAGCCCUGCAUUAUCAAUGUCACAGCAGCAGCUGAGGUAUGAAGGAGGCAUCCUUGUCAGGACAAUAUAUCAUGUGUGCAAAGAACCUGGAGAGCCUCAACAUAUCUACAUCUAAAUUUUAAGACCUUCCAGAUAGAUGCCUUGGAGAACCAAGGAUUUAUUGGGAGAGGAGAAACAUCAAAUGAAGAUCUGGAAAUAAGGGCAGAGACAUUCUGCCACUGUUGUCAGGGCUAUGAAGGAACUGACUGUGAUGAAGUUAAAGUUGUUGAGGACCAUCCACGGAGCUCUGCAGACUUUGUCUUCCCCAGAUUUGCAUUUAUCUUCUCUAAGUACUGCUUAGUUUCACCAUGCUCUGUAGCUGGGGGCUGA